UUGUAUAUUUUCUACUCAAGAGGUGCGGUUUCUGUUGACCAACAAAACGUUUUUUGUUACGUUAUUUGUGGAGUCAAGUCAUACUCUGAAGAGGUAGUCUAAUGUCGUGUCGUUCGCUGUUACAUUGUAACAUUUAGCCAAAUUGCAGUUUCUCUAACGGAUACUUUUGUUUCACGGAGAGGAUAUUCUGUUGCAUUAGCCUAUGCUUCAUUGUUGAAGGAGCAUAUCUUAAAAUUUGUUUUUGCGUAAUUGCCGUAAAAAAUGUCAGGAGAGCCGAUCACCACCCCACUGGAAACCUUCAUGGGGUCACCGGGUGCUUUUCCCGUGGUAUUGAAGAAAAUAAUGGAAAUGCCCCCACCGAAUUUACUCGAGGGCGACGAUGACAAUGACAAGGAGAAGCUGCUUAUGGGGGACAAUGUGGACCUUGAAGGAGGGAGUGGGAUGGGUCCGUCGGCCGCCCUGACCCCUGCCAUCUGGGAUAAGACUAUCCCGUACAAUGGGGAGACCUUCCACCUGGAAUACAUGGACCUGGAGGAGUUCCUCAUGGAGAACGGCAUCUCCACCUCGCCCUCGUCCCUGGACGAUGCGCUCAACAUGGAGAAUGCAGGGAAGACAGAGAUGCCCACCACCAUGGCAGCCAAGCCCAAGAGAACCCCAGCCGCCCCCAUUUCCCUGCUGCCCAUCCUGGAGCUGGAUCAGUGUGAGGAAGAAGGGGUCACUAUCACCCUCAACAGUAUUGACAUCGCAGAUGACACAGAGGUAGUGACAGACAAGGACAGGCUGACCCCUGAACCCACCGACCCAGAGGAGAUUGAGGUGGACGUGAACUUUGACCCAGAUCCUACCGACCUGGUCCUGUCCAGUGUUCCUGGAGGAGAGCUGUUCAACCCACGCAAACACAAGUUCUCAGAGGAGGAACUCAAACCUCAACCAAUGAUCAAGAAGGCCAAGAAGGUGUAUGUACCUGAGGAUUCUAAGGAUGAAAAGUACUGGCAUAGGAGGAAGAAGAACAAUGUGGCAGCGAAGCGUUCCCGGGACGCGCGGCGACUCAAGGAGAACCAGAUCACAGUGCGGGCGGCGUUCCUGGAGCGCGAGAACACGGCGCUGCGACAGGAAGUGGGCGAGCUACGGAAGGACUUUGCCCGCAGCAAGAAUGUCGUGGCCCGCUACGCGGCCAAAUUCGGAGAGCUUGCACCGCUGGAAGACAAGUAGGCUACUAAUGAUUUUAUUUGUGGCGAAACAGUGAAUAAAUGAGUCGAAUGGAUUGAUGGAUGAGAUGAUGAAGAAGAACAGGAGGAGGAGGAAUGUGGAAGACCCCUGCUUAUUGUUUUUAAAACUUGUGUGAGUACAUUUUCAUAUUUAAGUGCUUAUUUCAAUGCACUGCAAUGAGUGUAUUUUUGGUCAUGUUUUGUACACCAUUGGCCAGUAAAAAGAUAAUUGUGUUCAUAUUUUGAGGGAUUGAAAUUGGUGGUGUAAGGGUGGGUGACAUUUUACUAAGUAAACUGAAAAGGAUUUUUAUCUUUUAGGGUUUUAGUCUAAACUAGCAUGGCUUAUACUUUUACUCUAAACUUUGGUCUCAAUGGGACUUCCCCUGCAAAAAAUAGCAGGGUAAAUAAUAUGCAUAAAUAACCGUCAAAUCCAAUAACUAAAGUUAAUCAGGGGACUAUUACUGCUUGGUAGAAGUUUUAAAACCAUGUUAGGAAGACCUUCAAUACAAAUCUCUUCCUGUACAAGUACAUGUUAAAACUUGCUCCAAACUGUACACAAUGAUUUGUAAUAUUUUAAAGUCUCUAUCUUCAGUCUAUUGUCCACUGCUCUUGGAUCCUUGUCAUUUCAAGGAAAUUGAUUCACUCUUCAGGUUCUCAGUGUUUUGUGGUUUUUAUUAAGAAAUGCUUCAAAAAGUGGUGUACAGUAUAGAACCCACAAAAAAUGUAAAUAGUAGCAGAGCUAUAUUUUCCAGACCUUUUCCUUAGUUUGAAAUAUAACUCGAUACAAAAAUAUUAUAAACCAGUUGACUUAUAUUAUAAACCAGUUGACCGUAUCUAUGACAUAACUGUGCAAUUUAUGAGUUUUAUGCAGUUAGAGAAUGUGUUCAACCAAAAGUAAAACUCCAACCUUACUCCUGUUUACUACUUUGGAAUGCUUGGAAAGCAAUUUAUCCAACUUCUCUGGGACCUUGAUCUUCUACAGACAUGCAGAUAUGGACAGUUACCACACUCAAUGUAAAACGGUGAAAUGUUAUUGUGCUUGUGCUCCGUCUGCAAUGAGUAGAUUAUAUUUGAGUUACCUCAUAUGAAACCGGAAAACAGGCUACACCUGAAAUUUGGUUAAGUUUGUGUAUGUUGAAGUUUUUUAAAAUAUCUUUUGAUAAAUGUUGCUGUUUUUGAAAUUCCUUUUGGUAAAGCCAGGAGGUUUCUCAACUCAUCCAUGUGGUUUGAACUGGGCCUCACAGUUUCAACAAGGACCUCACAGUGUCUUCAGCCGAGUCAUUGCGAUGCCCAGUGCCCAGUGUCUGUUUACAUUACCAUAUCAGACCCCAAAACUCAAGUCUCUUUUCAGGGUUUCUGUCUCCUGGGUUUUGCCCUUUGGCCUGUGUGUUUCCUUGUUACCAAGCUCGCUUGUCACGUUCCUAAUACCUGCUGAUGUAAUAAGAGGAAAAUAGGUGAUUGCAGUGCUUCCAGCUCAUGUUUGGGAAAUUCUUUGAAGAUUUACCUUUGGAAAGUAGUCUGGAUUUUAUUUUUGUAAAGAUAUUUGAUAGUUGGUUUUGUGUUAACAAAUGAGAACCUCAUUCAAAUUGAAAGAUUCAUUUAUUGGUUGUUUGCUAAAUCUGGACAAGAUAAGACAACCCUGUGUGUGUUAGAGGUCUUCCAGUCUUUAGACUUCUCUCUAGGGUCAGUUUCCAACUAAAGUCAUUGUUACCCUGGCUUAAAUAACCAGUAUUUUCUGCUCUUAUAUAUGAAUUCCGUUAUAAUACACUAUAACUGUAGGUCAGUGCUCAAAGCUGAUAUCUGCACAAAAUUAUGUGUAACAUCAUUAGGGCUUUCAUUAAUAAUGUAGGAAAGCGUUCCAAGAUUUUGAUUUGGAAAAGCUGGUAGACGAUGUAAGUUUAUGGAAUAUAAAAUAAUAUAUUGAUUUCCAUAAACCAGUAAACAAUGUCAGUAAAACACUGACUUGAUUGGGUUACCGCUAAACAUUAGCACACUUCCUGACAUGUUCAAUAUUUUAAUAUUUUUUGGGGAAAAGUAUUAUGCUACAACCUGCUACAACAUUUUAAGAAAAUGUGCACAUAUGUUAUACAACUGGUGCAGGGAAAAUUCUUAGAACUGUUGGAGAAUUAUCUAAUCUUUUUUUUUAAUGUUGUAUACAAAUUUUGUGCCAUUUUAUGUGUGGAUAACAUAUGCCCUGUAUAUGAAUAAAGCAUUGUUGAAAACUGA